AUGGAGACAUGGGGUCAUCGCGAAGGAGUAUCGCGGCGAGAAAUUCUCCAUGCGCUGAGGGUCCACAUGUUCCACGAAGACCAGGUGCAGUUGCGAUUCGAGCUCCAGCAGACGCGUGGGGACACGAUCAUCCGCGUCAUGCCGAAGAGGGCACAUCACUCCGAGCCUGCUAGGGGAGAGAGGUCUGAGAGAUCGGCGAGAUCGGACCAAUUUUCCAGGAGGUCUCCCCCUCGAAAGACGGAGUCGGAAGAGAGGAUGUCAACUCCAGGUGCACCGGGCAGCUCCACCGAGACGUUCUACGCCCCAAGGCCCGUUGCUAAAAAG